AUGGGGUGUUUUUUAUUGGGAAAUAUCUGUUUGGGUUUUUUGUGUUUGCUGGUGUGCACUACGUUGGCAUUGAAGCUCGACGUAGUGCACGACCAAAUAAGGCCCUCCCUUCGCUCUGAGAUCUAUACCAAUGACCGUACGGCGUAUUUUAUUCCAGUUGGGAUUGGAAGCCCCCCAAACAGUAUGUACUUGGUCCUUGACGUAGGAAGCAACGCCUUGUGGGUUCAGUGUCAACCCCCAGCUUCGCCUUCAUUUGCGGAAGUACUGUCCUGCAGGCUCGAGGGAUGUGAGCGCCUCGCCAACACCCGUUGUCAUAAGGGUGAGUGCCUUUACAGGUUGCAUUUGGCUGAUAAGUCCUACACCGAAGGGAAGGUAGGGAUUGACACCAUCACAGUCGGAGGCGUGGCCAUUCGGAAUAUAGCCAUAUCAUGCGGAAUCGAAAACAGGGGAUAUUUCACAACCAUCCCCGGAAUUAUGGGCCUCGGACAGGACUGGCGGGGCAUGUCAUUCUUGAGUCAGAUCUAUCAGCUGGCUGGGGGUGUUUUCAGCUACUGUUUGCCAAGUUCGGGGACCACGUCCGGGUGGUUGGAGUUUGGGCCUGGAGCAUAUCGUGAUGGCCCUACAUGGGUCUCCUUGCUGUACAACCCAUGGAACCCCACUUGGUACUACGUGGAACUCUCUGGCCUUGGAGUCGGAACCAGGCGGGUGUCCCUCCCUGAAGGGAUUUUCAAGUUGACACCAAAAGGCGAUGGUGGGGCUAUUAUUGACACCAUAUCCUUUGUAACCACCCUGCCAAAAGUGGCUUACGAGGCAUUUCGCGAUGCCUAUGUUGCAGAAGCAGCCAACCUCCCUCGUGCUCCCGAAGACUCUGUUUUCGAUACUUGUUUUAAUUUGACGGGGUUGGGGACGGUUCAAGUGCCAACCGUCUCCUUUUACUUCGGUGAGAUCGGGACAACCCUCACCCUUUCUGCCAAAAAUAUUUUGUAUUUGGCCGACGAAGUGGGAGUUUAUUGCUUCGCCUUCAAACCAACCUCUACCAGACUUGUUACAAUCGGGACCUUCCAACAAGCCGGCAUCCAGAUUUCAAUUGAUUGGGGUGGGUUUUUAGGAUUUGGGCCUAAUUUUUGUUAG